AUGUCCCAGCGCCUGAGACCCAUUACACCAGCAAAUCCCCCACCCGAUGAACCCGGCGGGUCGUCCAUCCCGACACGUGGGCGGAGCAUCACCCGCAAUUCCAGGAGCAACGCCACCGCAGCGUGCCUCUCAUGUAAGGCCAAACGAAGAAAGUGCAGCGGCCCGCCAGGGCCUUGCAAUGCUUGUAUCACCUUCGAAACCGAGUGUAUUUUCAGAGAAGAUCUCGAUGGGAGGCGAAAGGAGGCGAUCAAGCGGAAGAUGGAGGAGGGCACAGAGCAUCACCGUGAUCUCUUGACCGGACUGCUGCGUUCGAUUCGAUCGAGUGACGAAAACGAUGCCCAGCGCCUCUUCAGACUGAUUCGAGAUGAUGCGCCCGUGGCGACCAUCAAUGCUUUUAUCGAUGAAAGUGUCAGGAAGCUUCGCGACAGCAGCCCGAAGACAGAUGCCACCAUCGACGGUCUCCUCAAACUGAGAGCUGAAGCUGCCAGCCUUGCAGAGCAGGUCCCCACGAGUAGAGCACGAAGGAAGACCAUGAGCGUCGAGCAGAUGACGGACGAACCCCUGUUUCAGCUCAGGGCAAGGCCCUGGACGACAGUCACGAACGAUGACUAUCUCGUCUCCCAUCUAGUCUCGCUCUACUUCACCUGGUGGAACACCUUCAUGCACCCUCUUCAUGAACCGGCCUUGAUUGAAGCCAUGGUAGCCGGUGACGCCAUGAGUCCUCUCUGCUCCCCUUUUCUCGUGAAUGCGCUGCUAGCCCUUUCUUGCAGCUACUCUGACUUACCAGGGGCCUUCUCCGACCCUGACGAUCUGGACACGUGGGGGGAGCAUUUCUAUGACGAAGCGAGGCGCUUAUGGGACCGCGAGGAAGGGCGAUCUUCCAUGACCAACUUGCAAGGCCUGUAUCUUCUCAUGCUGUACCAGAACAUGCGCGGAAAAGAUCAACUUGGCUGGUCGACCAUGUCGCAGGUAGUCCACAUGUACCGAGACAUGGAUCUUGGUAACCAAGUCAAGAUACCACGUGAUUGCCCUGCCGAGUCCGUGGGUAGGAUGAGAACAGCCAUGUUGAAUGUCUCGUGGUCGGUGUUUGCCUGCAACGCGAUUUUUGCCAUUUUCCUUCUCAAAAGCCCUGCGCUCCUGCCGCCGACAGUGCCGCGCCCCUUCAACGACGAAGACCUUCACAAUUCAGUGGAGUGGAAACCAUAUCCCCGUGCAGAUAGAACAGAACUGUUGUAUGGAGAGGCAGUCGUGGACGCAUAUUGUGACUUGGCUGAGAUAGCAUAUGAAGUAGCAUUAAGUGUGCCCUUCACUGAACAGCGAGACAGGAAUACACCCUUGCUGCUGAUGGAGAGGUUGCGAAGCUGGUACGAUACCCUCUCUGCGACGUUGCAAACCGACACGGCCACACCUGGGCCAUUGUUUGAGCUACACGCCAUUUACUAUGCGUGUUCUCUUACCCUGAGUGAGGUUUCUGCACGCGACGGUUCACCAGGGCGAACCCCUGUUCCAGCAUCUUUCACCGCACAGUCGAAGUCGACUGCGGCUAUAACAGCUCGCAGCACCUCCCUUCUCUUAAUCGGUCGCAUGCUUCCACUUUAUCGACAGUUUCGCUCCACAUAUGGCCUCGUUCGUGUGAUGGCAGGCAGUUGCCAGGCGGCUGCGAUCGCGUAUUUUAUUCUGCUGAAAGCGCUGCGCGAUCCGUCGUUACAAUCAGGGGAGAACGAAGAAGCACUUGUUGAUCUGACGAUGUACUUGAUGGUAGGUGCACGACGCUGGCUGGUGUUUGCCGGUAUGCUCCGGAUGUUGCGACCGACAGCGCAGUCGAUGGGUGUCCAGCUUCCUCCAAGGCUGGUUGAGAUCCUGGAUGAUUUCGACAAGACUGUGUGGACCACGGGGGCACACAAACGAAUUCGAAGCGUCUACCCGAACCUGGCCCUUGUCAAAAGAGACGCGGGAGAUAGCGAAGACUAUACGAUGGGAGAGUUGCUGGCAAGGUGGGAGGUAGUGUUGACUGAUGAUCAGCCGGAAAAUCUUGAAGAUAACUAA